AUGGCGGAGGAGCCGGACGCCGCCGUCUCCUCACGGACGGAGAGGAAAGCUUUGGAAAAGGCCAAAAUACUGCAACGAGAGAGUGAGAGGAAAAUCUUCCGACUGGUCGGACGGCUCUUGAAGAAACCGGAGGCCGAGCGGUCGGAGGAGGAGGCCGGCGUCCUGCUGCUGCACAGAGACACUGUGGAAGAACUCAGCAAGAGACAAGUCCGCAGGAAUGUGCUGAAGAGGAAGCAGGAGGAGGUUUUUGACGAUGCUGAAGAGCUGAAAAGUAAAGUCCGGCAGCUUGCUGUGGCGGUCAAGCAGGCAAAUCACCUGGUGGUUUACACUGGAGCUGGUAUCAGCACGGCAGCUUCUAUCCCAGACUACAGGGGCCCUAACGGUGUGUGGACGCAGCUACAGAAGGGACGAACCAUUAGCUCAUCAGACCUGAGUAAAGCAGCCCCGACUCUCACGCACAUGUGCAUUAGGAUGCUUCAUAAGGAAACGCUGGUGAAGCACGUCGUGUCUCAAAACUGCGAUGGACUUCACUUGCGUAGUGGCCUACCUAGACACGCCCUGUCUGAGCUGCAUGGAAACAUGUUUAUUGAGGUGUGUACGUCCUGCUCCCCGGUCAGGGAGUACGUGCGCUUAUUUGACGUGACGGAGAGGACGUCGCUGCAUCGCCACGCCACGGGACGCAGGUGCAGCCACUGUGGCGGCGAACUGAGAGACACCAUAGUGCACUUUGGGGAACGUGGGACUCUGGAACAACCUCUCAACUGGAAAGGAGCUGCAGAGGCCGCCAAGAUGGCAGAUGUUAUCCUCUGCUUGGGCUCCAGUCUGAAGGUGCUAAAGAAAUACGCUUGUCUGUGGUCCAUGAACAGACCAGCCAGCAAAAGGCCCAAACUUUAUAUCGUCAACCUCCAGUGGACACCAAAAGAUGACCUGGCUUUGCUAAAAAUUAAUGGAAAGUGUGAUGAUGUCAUGAGGCUCCUCAUGGAGGAGCUGAACAUUCAGAUUCCUGCAUAUGACAGGAUGGAGGACCCCAUCUUCAGUCUGGCUACACUUCUGCAGCCAGAGGAGGUGAAAAGCCACACUCGUGAGGUCAUAGCGCCCCCUAAAGGUCAGGAGGAUGGCUCGGAUGACCCUGAUGAGCAGGCAGACGAAGUCACGUCUGUGCAGGGUGGCUGGUUCGGACGAGGUUAUGGCAAAGGAAGGAAGAAGAAGAAAAAAGCUGCAUAAUUGCAGGACCUUUAUGGACUCUUUACAUUCUGGUCAUUCGCUGCCGAUGAGGUAUUCAAACUUCAGUCCCAUAAUGAGGACAUGUUAGACUGUCAGCGUUAGGGUGCUGUUGAUCUAUAUGCUGACAUGUCUGUCUGAAUGCAGUGUGCAUGUGUGUGUGUGUGUGAAGGAAAAGCUACGACUGGCCAUUUGAAAAUAGCACUUUGCACCAUGAUUUUUUUUUUUCAUUUUAUACAAAAUACAAGCUUAAGUUACAGCAGGGUUUGAAAGUGGCUUUUGUAAUCCAACUUUUUUUUGUAUUUAUCUGAACUAGCUGGGUUAGUCAGAGCCUCGUUUUAGCCUAGUGUAGCUAGCAUAGCAUUACAAACUCCUCAAGAUUCCAGCACUGAAAAUCUUAAACAGUGGCAGAGAAAGGGAAUUUAUUUGUUAUAGCACAACUCCAAUAUGCUUGAGUCCCAUCAGAAAAGACAGUAGAAGUGACACAUUUUGGAAACACUCCUGCAGCAUUAUAAAUGUCGCUUCUGUCUCUUUGUAUGCUCAGUAUAUCUCAACACAGUACAACCUUUUACAGCCACGUUUUGCUGGUGGCAAGUCAUGCUCAUAAGGUCAGAUUUUCUGUGGAGUGUCACUUACCAAACUGGUAACAGGUGCAUUACAGUAACUAAUUUAAUGUACAACAUUCUGCUGGUUACAAUCAUCAGCUGGAUGGAAAUGCUCAUUAUAAUACUGGUGUCUAAAGGCUUAAGUUAAUAUAUUUAUACCCAUGGGUAUCCUUCACUGAAACAUGGGUAAAUGCUGCUACAACAGCAGCAGCUACAACAGCAGCACAGAAUUUGCCAAUUUUUAAAAAACUUUUGUGCUUCUACUCUACCAACAUUUUCUACAUAUAUUGCGUAGAGGAAAAUAUAUUUUUGUAGUGGCUAUUUUUUUUCAGAACUUCAAUUUUUGAAUGUACCUUUUUGAAACACAGCUUGUUUCUUUUGUGUUUUUUUUGUGUUUUUAAAGGUAUUUUGGUUUUCAUAAAUUAUUUUCUGAACUCACAGUUGACCUUCGCUCUGCUGUAAUCCAUCCUCAGGUCUGCAGACUCUGUAGAACAGCCACUACUGUAUCUUUGGUUUACUGAAGUUAUGGAAUUUGUUUUAUGUUUACAUUUUUAUUGCCUUUUGUUUACAGCAGUGCAGGAAGAAAAGCAGAGUUUUGCGUUAUGACUCAUGUUUCAAAAGAUUGAAAGUAUUUGAAAGAUUAUAUCUUAAGUUACUGUUUACUGAAGUGAUUGGAAGCAACCACAUUAAUUGUUUAUUAAUUUGUCUCAGGUAUUGUCUCGUAGUAUUAAUAAUCACUUCAUGUACCAUAAAGUGUCAGACGUUUUAAAAUGACAGACUAGUCAUGAUAAGCUAGUGUUCAGCAUUCCUAAAACUCAGACCAGUGCUAAAACUGAAUGUGAAAACGUCUUGUUUUUUCAUGUAUUUUGCAAAAGAACUGAUAUAUUUGUGACACAAUAAAUCAUUACACUGCC